AUGGCGGCUGCCAAGGUGCGAGUGUUGGUGGAUCUGCAGUCGCAGGUUGUUGCCGACGCGAAACACUUUGAACCAUUUUUCCCGUCAUCAAAGAUGUUCUUGAAAUAUUUUCUGUUAGCCUUGCUUUUUUCGGCUUCCGUGGGUUUUGUGCAUGCCCAAGAUGAAGCGGAUGAGGACCCUUUAGAGGCUGAGACCGAACCAAAUCCUGAAGAAACCCCAGACGAUGACACUCCAAAAUUUUCGGCUGCUGAAGAUGCCGAAACGACAAUACUCUUUGUUUCGCCCGUAUUACCCCCGGAAACCUCAGUUGAACUUCCGGCUGGAAAGCCAGUUGAAAUCAUCGUUGGCUUCCACAACAAAGCCAAUUACGAUUUCAUUGUGGAUUCCUUGGAUGCCUCUUUCCGCUUCCCAAUGGAUUAUAAUUAUCAUAUGCAAAAUUUCUCGUCGUUGUCCUGCGAUUACACCAUCAAACCUGGACAGCAAGGAUCUUUUUUGUACGGAUUUGUACCCGCUGAAGCUUUUGGGUCCCGUUCUUACGGACUUAACGUGCGGCUGACUUAUCACGAUUUGAACGGCAAUUAUUUCACGGAUGCCGUUUUUAAUCAAACCAUCCCCAUUGUGGAACUUGAUGAAGGCCUAGAUGGGGAGACCUUCUUCCUUUACGUGUUCCUUGCGGGAUUGCUGGUUCUUCUGGCAGUCGUUGGCUCCCAGUUCCUUUCGUGGGGGAAAAAGAAGACUCUGGGAUCCAGCAAAGCAUCGAAGCCCCGCGCAGCCGUUGUUGAAACUGGAACAAAGAAAAGCGAUGAUAUUGACUUCGACUGGAUACCCAAGGAAACGCUUCAGGAGAUGAAUCGUACACCAAAAACUCCUACUCGUAGUCCAAAAGCAAGGAAGGCCAAACAAGCUGCCAGCAGUGAUGAUGAAUGAUACUCCUGGUUUUAAACCAUUUCAUGUUCCCAUUCCAUGAAGUGUAGGAUUUCACUGCUUUCUUCCUUUCAUGGUAAAUUUUUCUAAUUUAUCCGCGAGUGUUACUUUGUUUGCGUUUGCCGCGAAUGUUGCUCAGCUCCGCGUGGUGAUUUUAUUUUUCUUGAUGUCCAAGAUGAAAGGGUGCGUUGUGAGACGGCUUAUGAGCGUUGAUUGCUGUAAGCAGGAUCCAUGGAAAAUUGAAAAGAGAUUUAUUUCUCCAAGAAACACUUAUUUUCGGUUAUUUCCAUGGACCAACUGAGGUCUGAGUGAUGGUAAUUUGUGAAUAUGCAUGAGUAUUGUUUGAAAAUUCGUUCUCUGGUCGAAUUGCUUCAUUGUUCGAAUUUUUUUCUCACUUCGUUCAUACCUUUGAAGAGCAAUUGAAUUACCUUCAAAUGUGGUGUGAUUGGAUUUCUUUCAGCACUUCGUUUUGAUUUCCCGGGAGAAAGUCUUGACUCAAUGCUAGUGCGUACCGUGAUAAUGGAACCCUCGACGUUAACGAGAUGAAUUGGACA